CGCACUGCGCCGGGCCCAUCCCGCGGCCGCGGACCCGCCGGCCUCGCCAUGACCAAGGAGCGCGGGGGGGACCCCCCUGCGGGGGGGACGCCGCCCCCAGACCCGCCCAGCCCGGUGGUGGAGCGGCGCAAGAAGCCGAUGGUUCAUCCUGCAGCCCCCGCCCCCCUGCCCAAGGACUACGCUUUCACCUUCUUUGACCCCAACGACGCGGCGUGCCGGGAGAUCCUGCUGGACCCGCGCACCACGGUGCCGCAGCUCUUCGCCAUCCUGCGCCAGUGGGUGCCGCAGGUGCAGCACAGCGUGGAUGUCAUCGGCAACGAGAUCCUGCGGCGCGGCUGCCACGUGGACGAUCGGGACGGGCUGACGGACAUGACCCUGCUGCACUACGCCUGCAAGGCCGGGGCGCACGGCGUCGGUGACCCCGCGGCCGCUGUCCGUCUGUCCACCCGGCUGCUGGCGCUCGGCGGUGACGCGGGGCUGCGCAGCCGCUGGACUCACAUGAACGCGCUGCACUACGCCGCCUACUUCGAUGUGCCCGAGCUCAUCCGCACCCUGCUGCGCGCCGCGGCCCCCCGAGUUCUUCACUCGACCUGCAGCGAUUUCAGCCACGGCACCGCGCUGCACAUCGCGGCCUCCAACCUGUGCCUGGGGGCGGUGCGGUGCCUGCUGGAGCACGGGGCGGACCCCGCCCUGAGGAACAGCAAGGGCCAGGUGGCGGCCGAGGUGGUUCCGGACCCCACGGACAUGGCCCUGGACCGGGCCGAGGCGGCCGAGGCUGCGCGGGAGCUGCGGCGGCUGCUGCUGGACGCGGUGCCGCUGAGCUGCAGCCUGCCCCGCGUCACCCUGCCCAACUACGACAACCUGCCGGGGACACUGAUGCUGCUGUGCCUGGGGCUGCAGCUGGGGGACAGGGUGCGCCUGGACAGCGGGAAGGUGGGCACGCUGAGGUUCUGUGGCACCACGGCCUUCGCCAGCGGGCAGUGGGCCGGGGUGGAGCUGGACGAGCCCGAGGGGAAGAACGACGGCAGCGUGGGGGGGGUGCGGUACUUCAUCUGCCCCCCCAAACAGGGUAUCUUCGCCUCGGUGUCCAAGAUCUCCAAGGCCGAGGAGCCGCCCCCGGCGCCGUCGCCCCCCCCGAGCCCCCCGGGACCCCCGGCCCGAGCCCCCCACAAACCCCGCAAGGACAAGAGAGGGUCCCGGAAGCGCGCCGGGGCGUGGCUGGACCGCGAGGGCCGGCGCGUGGCCCCGGGGGACGCGGUGCUGGUGGCCGGGCAGCGCCAGGGCCGCGCUCGAUUCUACGGACGCACCGACUUCGCCCCCGGGUACUGGUUCGGGGUGGAGCUGGACUCUGCGGGGGGCAAACACGACGGCUCCGUGUUCGGGGUUCGUUACUUCAGCUGCGCCCCCAAACACGGCGUGUUCGCUCCGCCCUCCCGCGUCCAGAGGAUCGGGGGUCCCAAGGAGGAGCCCGGGGACGGCAGCGCCGAAAAGAAGGCGGAGCCAGUCACAGUGUCACAGCCCAAGCGCAAUUUCCCGGCCGUGCGAACCCCCAAGGACAUCACGUCCGAGAGCUCCUUCUCCAGGUUACUCUUCUGCUGCUGGUUCCCGUGGAUGCUCCGGGCCGAGAUGCAAUCCUAACCCCCCCUCCCCCCUCCCCUCCCCCC